AUAAGCAAGCCUUUCAAUUUCUCGCUCUGUAAUAUUACACAUCUCAAAGUCUCUCUUUCUUCUUCUUCUUCUUCUUCUUCUUCUCUCUAAAUCUAACAAUUUUAUUAUAAAAAAAAAAAACAAACUAAAUAGCAAGUCCAACUUUAGAUUCUUGCUCUGCUAACCUCUUCAAUUCCCAAUUUAUUUAUUUUUAAUUUUUUUAAUUUUUUGGGGGUGGGAAGUUUGGAGAGGAAGACAGAAGAAAUGGGAGUGGUGUCUCAGGAUGCGAUCAAGGAGUUGGAAGCUCGAAUGAAGGAAGUGGAGGAGCCUUUGAAGAUAACGUUUCAGAAUGUUCACCAAGGAUAUCUAGUUGAAACUUUGAUGCGUUUUCUGAAAGCAAGAGAGUGGAAUGUUAACAAGGCCCAUAGAAUGUUGGUGGAUUGCUUAAAUUGGAGGGUUCAAAAUGAGAUUGACAACAUAUUAGCGAAACCCAUAGUUCCAACUGAUUUAUAUAGGGCCGUGCGUGAUUCACAGCUCAUAGGAGUUUCAGGUUACUCGAGAGAGGGAUUGCCUGUCUUUGCUAUUGGUGUGGGGCUCAGUACAUUUGACAAAGCAUCUGUCCAUUACUAUGUGCAGUCGCACAUUCAAAUCAAUGAAUAUCGGGACCGUGUAAUUUUGCCUUCUGCAUCCAAAAAGUAUGGGCGACCUAUUACCACAUGUGUGAAAGUUUUAGAUAUGACUGGUUUGAAGCUUUCAGCACUAAACCAGAUUAAGUUAUUGACAAUCAUAUCAACCAUUGAUGACCUGAACUACCCCGAGAAAACAAAUACAUACUACAUUGUAAAUGUCCCGUAUAUAUUUUCAGCUUGUUGGAAGGUUGUCAAGCCUCUUUUGCAGGAGAGGACAAGGAAAAAAGUACAAGUGUUGCAAGGUUGCGGGAGGGAUGAGUUGUUAAAGAUAAUGGAUUAUGCAUCUCUCCCACAUUUUUGUAAAAGAGAAGGCUCUGGAUCAUCGCGAAAUUCGGACAACAGAAAUGAAAAUUGCUUUUCCUUGGAUCACCCCUUCCACCAAGAACUCUACAACCACAUCAUGCAGCAAUCAUUGACCAAUGAACCCGAUGAACUGAUCAAGCAGGGGUCUUUUCACGUGGAUGUUCCUGAGCCACCUGCAGACAGAACUGAGAUUGCGAAAACCAUAGAAUCCGAGUUUAACAAAUUUGAAAAUGGAAAGAGAUUAUCUGACUCACUCAACGGCCUCAGAAUCAAUGGUGCUUGAGAGCAGGAAGAGAGCUUAAAGCUCGCACUGUCUUGCACCGAUGAUUUUUCUCCCAUGAUUCUUGAUCUCUCCCUUUUGAGCUCCUGAAAAUGGAAUUUGUGGUUUUAACUGGUUCUAGAAUUGCAGUUAUACAAUUUAUCGACGGUUGUAUUGCUAGUAGCUCAUAAUAUCUCUCUACGUAUAAUUCCACGUGGAAAAGGCUAAUACGGUGUAUGUAACUUGACAUAUUGUCUGGAUGAAGCUCUUCCGGUAUAUUAUGUGUAGUGGUGAUGCAGCAUAAGUAAAGUAUCAUCUUUCUUUGCAUAA